AGCGGGGCCGUGGGUGACACGUAAGUUGGGUGGGAGGUGGCGGCGGCCGAGGCUCGAGCAGCCCCGUCAGUGACACCGGCCCGCCGUCGUCCAAACCCGGCCGGGCCAGCCGGCGCCCACCCACUCACCCACCCACCCCGGCGGGCCGCGCGCGGGGGCGUCUCCCGGAGCCCGGGUCCCUUUGUUGGGCGCGCACCCCUUCCUUUAGGUGGCCACAAAGUCGCGCAGUGGGAGCCGCCGCGAGGGGGCGGGGAGCGGCCGGGGCGGGACUCUGAGAGCCGCCGAGGGCAGCGCGGCCAAAAAGUGGGGAGGAGGAGAAAGGCAGGCGGCGUCUGCGACCGGCGCGGGGACAGCGCGCUCUGAAGUAUGCGGAGGGCCCCCUCGAGGGCCCAGGCGUGCGCCGAGAGGGAGCCCUGCCGAAGUUUGGCGGCCGCUGCCCGGCCCGCGUCGAUGGCUGCGCGCCCCGCGGCGCGCGGGGGCUGAGCGGGCACCACUUCCCCUCCGGCCCCGCUUUUGUGUCUCGCGUCGCCUCCUCAUGCUGCGUCCGGCCACCUCCUGCGGCGGCCGCUGCUGAGGCGCUCGCUCGGGCCGAGGGGAGGAGGAGACGACGGCGGCGGCGGCGACCGCGGCGCGGGGUCCCGGCGGGACUAUGGGAAACGGGAUGUGCUCCCGAAAGCAGAAGCGAAUCUUCCAGACGCUGCUGCUGCUGACCGUGGUGUUCGGCUUCCUCUACGGCGCGAUGCUCUACUACGAGCUGCAGACGCAGCUGCGGAAAGCCGAGGCGGUGGCGCUCAAGUACCAGCAGCACCAGGAGUCCCUCUCCGCCCAGUUACAAGUUGUGUAUGAACACAGAUCAAGAUUAGAAAAAUCCUUGCAAAAGGAAAGACUUGAACAUAAGAAAGCAAAAGAAGAUUUUCUUGUUUAUAAAUUAGAAGCGCAAGAAACACUAAAUAAAGGAAGGCAAGAUUCCAAUAGCAGAUACAGUGCAUUAAAUGUCCAACAUCAGAUGUUGAAAAGUCAACAUGAAGAGUUAAAGAAACAGCACAGUGACUUGGAAGAGGAACAUCGCAAGCAAGGGGAAGACUUCAGUAGAACAUUUAAUGACCAUAAGCAGAAAUACUUGCAGCUUCAACAAGAAAAAGAGCAAGAACUUUCUAAGCUAAAAGAAACUGUGUAUAAUUUGAGAGAAGAGAAUAGACAACUAAGGAAAGCACACCAAGACAUACAUACACAGCUUCAAGAUGUCAAGCAACAGCAUAAGAAUUUACUCUCCGAGCAUGAACAACUUGUAGUGACUUUGGAAGACCACAAGAGUGCACUAGCUGCUGCACAGACUCAAGUUGCAGAAUAUAAACAACUGAAAGAUACUCUGAAUAGGAUUCCAAGCUUUCGAAAACCUGAACCAGCAGAGCAGCAAAAUAUUACCCAGGUGGCACAUUCUCCACAAGGUUACAACAUGGCAAGGGAGAAGCCAACAGGAGAGCCAACAGAGGUGUCUCGAAAUAGUGAUGUGUGGCAGAAGCAUGAAACUGUUCCCAGAAGAAAGGGAGAAACAAAACCUUACCCUCCCACCCAGAAGAAGGUUCCCACAGAGCCGAACCAGCAAGAAAUGGAGCCCAGAGAGCCUGAAGCGCAUCAGGUGGAAGAGGAGCACAGAAAGGCCCUGGAAGAGGAGGAGAUGGAGCAGGUUGGGCAAGCCCAACACCUCGAGGAGGAGCACGAUCCAUCACCAGAGGAGCAGGAUCAGGAGUGGAAAGAACAGCAGGAACAAAAAGAGGAGGCCAACCUUCUGGAAGGGCAUGCUGCUGCCGAGGUGUAUCCUUCAGCCAAGCCAGUUACCAAAUUCCGAUCACCUUAUGAGGAGCAGUUGGAACAGCAGAGACUGGCGUUGAGUCGGGCCGAGGAGGCGCAGCGGCUGCGAGAACACCAGGAAGCUUUGCACCAGCAGCGGCUGCAGGGACACCUGUUACGGCAGCGGCAGCAACAGCAGCAGCAGCAGCAGCAGCAGCAGCAGCUGCUUCUGGCAAGAGAGAUGGCCCAGCAGAGGCAGGCUGAGCCCGAGGAAGGCCGGCAGCAGCACCAGGAGCAGCUACGGAAGCAAACUCAUUAUGAUGCUAUGGAUAAUGAUAUUGUCCAGGGAGCAGAGGACCAGGGAAUCCAAGAAGAGGAAGGAGGUGCCUAUGAAAGAGAAAACCAGCACCAAGAUGAAGCAGAAGGUAACAGACAUGAGCCUCACGAACAAGGGCCCAAAGAAGCUGAGCCCGAAUCUGAGGCAGAUAGAGCAGCUGUAGAGGAUAUAAACCCAGCAGAUGACCCUAAUAAUCAAGGCGAAGAUGAAUUUGAGGAAGCCGAGCAAGUAAGAGAAGAAAAUUUGCCAGAUGAAAAUGAAGAGCAGAAACAAAUUAAUCAAAAGCAAGAGAAUGCAGAAAUGGAGGAACAUUUGGUGAUGGCGGGAAAUCCAGACCAACAGGAGGAUAAUGUUGAUGAGCAGUACCAGGAGGAGGGAGAAGAGGAGGUUCAGGAAGAUUUGACUGAAGAGAAAAAAAGGGAACUGGAGCACAAUGCUGAAGAGACCUAUGGUGAAAAUGAUGAAAACGCCGAUGAUAAAAAUGAUGGAGAAGAGCAAGAAGUUCGAGAUGACAACCGUCCCAAAGGCCGAGAGGAACACUACGAGGAGGAGGAGGAGGAGGAGGAGGACGGCCACGGGGCUGCUGCCGCCGAGAAGCCCCAUCGAAGAGCUGAGAUGUAGCCGAGCCCAGUCUCCAGACGGCGCUCGGCCUGCGGAUUCUUUUCAAGCUGCUCCAAAAUAAAUCUGCCUACUGAACUCUAGGAUAUUUAAUUACAGAAAAAUUAAGAAUUUAGACUUUUUUUAACUUUUGUAUUAGAAAUGCUCAUACAUUUAUACAAAUAUAUUUUGAUAACUUAGGUUAGAACUUUUAUAUUCAAGCUAAACACAAACAAGAAGAAAAACAAUAAAGCAAACCUUAGGCUCUGAAUCUCAUUUUUUUAUAGAUUAUGUGAUGUUGGAAAGAACAUUGGUUUUGUAUAUGUUUCAACUUGUUACCUUUCUGUAUUUCAGUUUCCCGUUGUUCUGUUGUUUGCUUUUGAUAAAAUACAGGAUUUAAAAACAGGGAGGACUGCAAAAUGCUGUGCAAACUGUAAGGAGAAUGCCAGUUUACUAAUUGCUGCCUUUGCAAGGUUCUUGUGUAUCGUUCUGGUAGAAUUUCCACCUGUCUGUGCGUCUCUGGAAUGAGAUCCACAGGGUGGCAUACAAUGGAAAAGCCAUUUUUGUUGCAGAAUAGAAAUUAUUUUGAGACUUUUCAGAUCAGUUCGAAAAAGUUUGGUAUUAAUUAAAAUCAGCUGUUCUGCUUGAGAGGAAUUGUGUUUAAAAGUGAGAUAGUACUAAAACUCUUUUGGUAGUAUCCUGGGCUUAAUCAGAUAUUUCAGUGUUCAAACAAGGUAUGACACAUCAACAUAUUAACGUUCUUGAAUAACUGAUGACUUGUUAAGAAAUAAUUUAGUGUGUGAGGUGUUUUCUACAUGAGCACCCAUUCUCAAUAUCUUUUUUCCUGAAGUCACCUUAUGAUAUCCUUCUUUUAGUAUCUAGCUCUCUACAGUAAUAUAUGAUCCCCUCUAAGCUCUGUGUGCCUCAAUAUGUAAUCACUUUGAUGACAAUUAUGAAUAUGAAGUCAAACCAAAUUGUACAAUUUAAUGGGAUUAUGUUUCAAAACUAUAUGGUAAAGUAUACAUGGUGAUAUGAUAGACCCUCAUGUUUUUUUAUAUGCUGGGAUUGGGUUUGCUUUUUGCCUCUGUAUAAGGCAUUGUAAUGAUUAUGAGUUAUAACAAAUCAAUUAAAAUAAAAAGAUUAAGUAAAAAAUUUUCCUUGGAAUAGGCACGUAUUUCAGUCACAAGCAUAAAGAUUUUUAAACUAGGUUAUAUAAUUCACGUGUGUGGUUUUGUAAUAAUACUC